AGCUGCCUCAUCCUCACCUGCAUGGACCCAUAGAAAAACAAGCCCCCGGCGGUGAUGUAACACGCAGCAGGACUGGCCUAAUCCCACUGUUCCUUCAUGCUGCAUCACAUUCACCCUCACUGGAUUCCUGCCUUUGCCUCUGCCUCUUACAGGCUUUACUAUGAUUGUAAUCCCUCGCCCACGCUGAGCCUCAGAAAAAUGUGGCUGCCAAAAAAGGAGAAAAAGAUCUGUCCAAGGACGAAUCCAGGCUUUUGUCAGAUCCUCCGUCAUUUCUUUUGUGCUCUUUGUUGCCUGGAUGAGUGGUUACGUAAGGUCUUCAUUAUUAAUAGACAUAUAGACUGAAUGAUUUUACAUGUGUCUUAAAGUGGCUGCCAACUUCACAGACGUUCAAAGAAUGUACAAAUGUAACAAUGAUAAUCAGGAGUGAUGCUGCUCCAGCAGCAGGAGAGACCUGAAUGUAUGAAAGCUCCUCUUCAGAAGCACGUAGACGUCCAGCGCUCCGUGGCCUGUUCCCGUCCUGCAGGUCCAGACCUCAAACUCUCAGGCUCAGCUUCAGCAUCUGUGAGUCUGAGCUGCUGGAUGAAGCAGCGUCACAGAGGAUCAAGCUGAUCCAGCUUCAUGUUUCACAUUCAGGUUCUCAUUUUGGGACUCUUGACUUCUCUGACUAGAACAUUGCUAACUCUUUAGUCUUCACUUCCUCCUCCUCCUCCUCCUCCACUUGUUUCACUGUCUCGUCACGUCAGAUGCUGCUCUGAUACACUGUGUUGCAUGUCGCCUGUUUCCGUGGUAACAGAAGGAUGGAUUUCUGAGCAGAGGAGAUGGAGUGUUUCUGUGUCACACCUCACAUCAAGUGCGACAUUAACGACAGUCAGACUCGUCCUCUGGGUGAUGAUAGGACUCCAGCCCGUUGGCAGGUCCCUGCGGCGCCUCCAUCCCUCUGUAUCCAGGCAGCUCUGUGGGGCUCGUCACAACCCGUCUGGGGCUCGGAUCCACUUCACUUACUCCAUAAGCCUAGGACUGAGAGAAUUCAGUGAUAGUCUGACUUUAUGACCAUGCUGAGUUUGAUGGUUCCUGGGAGUCCGACAUUUAAAAUUCAGGUCAAAGGGCAAACUGUUACGUUAGCAGAAAAUCAUCACUGAUGAAAUAAAAGCUUUGUGUAGUUUAGCAUUAAUCAGAUUUUGUGACUUCAGGCUCCACAUUUUUUCAUUUAUUGUUCAAUAUAUUUCCGAUAUAAUUGGAACUUUAGAAACUGACAGUGCAUGAGCUGAGGCGGCAGCAGUCAGCUGAGAAGCAGUACAUCUGCAGAGGAGGGAACAGAGAUCAGAGCCAGUGAGGACGAACAGGGAGGAAGCAGGCGACGCAUCAGCGUGUGCUCAUGUUCUGAUCCACCGCAGGACUGGACGUCGCUUCAAUUGUCUCAGUCCUAAUGGGAUUUUCUUCAUGCUUGUUCAGGGCGAAGCAGAGGUUUUUACUGUCUGAUCAGUCAGAGCCACAAAGGAGAAUAUUGAAGCUUCAGAUCAAUAGUUGUUCUGCUGGAAGGCUUCUCUGACCCAACGAAAUGCAGCUCGAUAAACUGUCCUGAACAGAGACGGAAGCUGCAGCAGAGGCGGCUUCUCCUGAAGCAGAGAGGAGCCAAGCAGUCAUUGGAUGUGAUGAUGCUUUCACUGGCAGCGGGAGCGAAGCGGCCACGUCUGAGUCAGGAGACCACUAGCAGCCAGAUGCUCUUAUGUUAUUUAAAGCCCAGGACGGAGCACAGCUCACUUAUAUAACUGCUCACCUGGCUGCUGCAGGGAGGCGAGUUCAUCACAUCUGAGGUGUCGCGUCACUAACCAUGGUUUCAGUCUGGGACGGCCCAGGUUCAGCUACAGAUCAGAAGAGGACAGGGUUUCACCAUGGCCGGCCCCCCGGGCCCGCCUGGAGAAACGGCUAGUUGUGUCUGGAGGCCACACAGACACGGGACUCAGCCUGGUAGUGCUGGGAGUAGGUAACCACUACCAGAAAGGAAGCACGGCCACAGUCGUUUUGUUAAUGCAGUGUCAGCAAUUAUAAAUCUAUUUCCUGCAGCGCUGCAGAAACAUCCCUGACAAACUGUGGACGUGCCAAACAUGAUAACGAAUCUUCAUGGAGCUCAUUAACAGGCCCAUAGGGGUUUGUCCCAGCACAUCUGGAGCCGCGUCUGCUGCAGCAGGAGCCAAGGCCUUAAUGGAGGACGGCUCCGGCAGUGGGGAGCCAGACGGGUCAAGGUCAGUGGAGGCUCAUCCUUCCUGUAAGAGCCUGAGACUGGGGGUCGACUGCUGCAGGAAACCUGGAGCUCGGACGCACUCACAAACCCAACACAGCAGGAUUUCAGUAUUUAGACCUGCUUCAUGUGAUGUCAGACUUCACCGUUCAGUGCUCCAACGUCUUGCUCUUCUGCUGUGAGGCUUAAAUUGCCUUGUUUGAUCUGCAGCGCGUCGUCAUAAUCCCUGAGAACACAUUCAUCUUGAUAUCAGGGUUCUUGAAGUGUAAAUGGGGGAAGAGACGCUGAAUGAUGCAACGAGCAGCAGCAGCUCAGCAACACUUUGCUGCUGUUGAGAAACUUCCUGUGGUUGUUGGGCUCCACAGACUCUUCCAUUUACCGACAGAUGUGUCCCAAACACCACAACCUCAUGACUAACUGCUGAGUCAGCAACCUCAUCUUCCUGAGACUCCUCUGAGUCUGAUGAGCUCAGUCUGCUCACAUGGGCCUUUGGGCCUCAGGUGGAGGAGGUGGAUGUGGGAGUGGGCGCCUCCGUCACCGAUCGGCCACCAGAGUGAGUCAUGCAGUGUGACCUCACUUCAGCAGAUCAGAGCAAAGACACAGCCUCUGACCUGUAGACAUGUGUUUGAUUUUAGCUGACCUCAGUGAGAAACCUGGAUCUACAACAUAAACACUCAUUUUCCAGCAUAUCAUAACUAAUAACGGCCGUUAUUGAAUGAUGACAGAUGACACGUGACUGGACACUGUUGCACUGACACGUUGUCACCACUAGGGGGCAGCAGUGCCCUCUGCUUCCUAACCACAGCCUGCUCGUCAUUGUCUGUGUAAAUGCAUCUGUACUGACUGCAGGCUUUCACCUCUGACACCUGCGUGUCCCAGAGCUGCUUCCACUCUAUUGGAUUCAUGUUGUCUGUGCUGCGCCAUGGUUGUGAUUGGAUGGGAGCUGGGUUGUGUUUUGUCCUGGUUCGGACCCUGUCCUGGUUCUGGCCUGCUCCGUGUUCCGGAUACAGGAAAACCCGUUAAUAUCUGGUUUCCCUUUGCCUUGUGUCCAGCUCACAGGCAUAAAGGCCUAUAAAGAAGACAGAUGUGCGUUCUUAACCUCUGCAGAGUUCGCACAAACAAAGGCCUUUCAAUAAAACAUCAGCGAGCGAACAGUUAAUCAAAGCAUGACCCAAAAACAAGGAUUUGCAGCAGGAUCCGUGCGAUAAGGUGUCGCUGGAGUCACAGCCACGUCUUGCUGAUGGGCUGAGCUGCUGGCAGCCGUCCAGCUCAGGUGACCUGUGGCGAGACCUCUGUCUCAGCAUCAGUUUAUCUCUCUGCAGCAGCUCAAUUAGCUCUUCCUCCAUUUUUCCUCUUGAAAACACUGCAGCUGCGGAGAAAGCUGAUCUGCUGGGCUCAUGUUUGCAGUUGGUCUGGCUAUAAAUAAAGUAUAAGCUGUCAAUAGAAGCUGCAGGCGUGAAAUUGGCUCCAUGAGUUGUGCUCUGCACAGAUGAAUUUUUCAUUGUGCUCCAAAAAGAGAAGUCGGACGCCUGCGUUGUGAUGCAUCUGCUGCUGAUCCUGCAGUUUCACAGCCUGAAAUGAGCCGUCAUCACGUCCAAGCAGCCUCUGAACUACAGGAGCUGGGGUCCUCUUCUCAGGUGGAGGCAGUGAGUGCAGAUAAACAGGGAUGUGUUCACGGCAACAGAGGAAUGUGGGUUUGUUUUUCACUGAGAUGAUGAUGAGCAUCAGACCUUUUCUCCUCUCACCAACCAAACAUUAGUCCAGAAGAUGGAUGUGCUGCAUGCGACCGAUUCUAACAGGAGGAAGAGGCUGUUUCACUUCUAGUGUUUAACUCUCCAGGUGGGACUGAUGAUGGAUCGUGUCCGUGCAUGAUCGGCAGCUGCUGAGCUUCAUGAUCUGCUGCAGCAGAAAGUCAAAUAAAGAUGCGUGAACAUGCGGCAGAGCUCGACCUAAACCUCCGGUUUCCACACGGAGCCGACUGACGGAUGAAUGAGCUCGUCUCGGGCCGUGUUUGCUUUGGAGCUCUGCCAUCGUCAAUGAUUAAGGAAACAUUUAUCCAACAAACAGUCUCUAGAGCUCAUUUCUGUUUCCCCACGUACAGAACAAGAACAAGAGUUUGGUGGAGCUUCGCUCAAAGGUUUUACACAUGAGAGAAGCAGCCGGGGACUCGUCACCUCCUACCAGCUGCUCCAGCUUGUGUUUCUGUUGCUGCUUCGUGCAGUGAUGAACCGCCUCCUCGUCUCCUCAGCGGGUGUCCAGCACACAUGUCCGGGUCCCUGUAGGCGCUCGGAGCGGAGGUCCGGCUGUUGGAGGUGGCGGGCCGCUGUCAGACCUGCAUGCGAAGGUUGGACCUCAGACGCCCUCUCUGUCCCUUCGUUCUCCAGGGGAAAUGCUGAGGCCAUGAUCGAGUGGCCCAACGUGACGGAGUCGGGCCGCCGGGAGCUGGGCCUGAAACCCGAGGAGCUGCAGAAAUCCAGAUGCGUCCUGGGCUCCAUCCCCGUGGUCUACUACAGCGUUCUGCUCUGCAUCGGGGUACCAGUGAACGUCCUGACGGCGGUGGCCUUGUCCAGACUGGCCUGUCGCACCAAGAGGGCUCUGUACUACUACCUGCUGGCAGUGACGGCCUCCGACAUCCUGUCCCAGCUCUUCAUCAUCUUUGUGGGUUUCCUGCUGGAGACGGCGGUCUUCCACCGCGAGGUGCCGGCGCUGCUGCUGCACUGCGUCAGCGCCGCCGAGUUCGCCGCCAACCACGCCUCCAUCUGGUCCACGGUGCCGCUCACGGUGGACCGCUACGUGGCGCUGUGCCACCCCCUGCUCCAUCGCCAGAUCAGCUACCCGGCCCGGGCCAGGAGGAUCAUCCUGGCGGUGCUGGCUCUGUCCUUGGUUUCGGGCGUGCCCUUCUUCUGGUGGUCGGACAUGUGGAGGAACAGCCACCCGCCCACGGCGCUGGACACCGCCCUCGUGUGGACCCACGUGACCAUCAUCUACUUCCUUCCCUGCAGCAUCUUCCUGGUGCUGAACUCGCUGAUCAUCCGCACGCUGCGGCGGAGGCAGAGGCAGCAGCCGUGCCAGGAGGAGCCCGGGCCCCAGCCGGCGCCGGCCCGGCGCCUGGGGAAGACCACGGCCAUGCUGCUGGCCAUCACCUCCGCCUUCUCGGUGCUGUGGGCUCCCAGAACCGUGGUGGUCAUCUACCACCUGUACGCGGCGUCGGUCCACAGCGACUGGCGCGUCCACCUGGCCUACGACCUGUCCAACAUGCUGGCCAUGCUCAACACGGCCGUCAACUUCUUCCUCUACUGCUUCGUCAGUAAGGCGUUCCGCAGCUCGGUGCGCGACAUCGUGCUGCUCCGCGGGGGGCCGCUGUUCCCACGCAGCGCGCCGCCACAGCCGCACGCGCCCAACAACGCCUCCAUCUCCUCCCUGUACAGCGGGAGCAACAAGCGCUCACACCGCGAGUGGAGGCCCGGAAAACCGUCCUGACCUUUGGG